AUGUCGCUGGGGGUGUAUGCACUGGAGCCGGCCACCAACGGCAAGGUGUUGCUGAAGACCAGCGUGGGGGACAUCGACAUCGAGUUGUGGCCGAAGGAGUCGCCCAAGGCCUGCCGCAAUUUCAUCCAAUUAUGUCUCGAGGGCUACUACGACAACACCAUCUUCCACCGCAUCGUGAAGGACUUCAUCGUGCAGGGUGGCGAUCCCACCGGCACCGGCUUCGGUGGCGAGUCCAUCUAUGGGCAGCCCUUCGCGGACGAGUUCCACUCGCGCCUCAAGUACAGGCACCGCGGCAUGGUGGGCAUGGCCAACACGGGCAGGGACCAGAACCGCUCCCAGUUCUUCAUCACGCUCGGCCCCGCCGGCGAGCUCGAGGGCAAGAACACGCCCUUUGGCAAGGUCACGGGCAACACGAUCUUCAACGUGCUCAAGCUGGGCGAGCAGGAGGUCAACGAAGAAGACCGGCCGCUCUAUCCGCCGCGGAUCCUCGCUGCCGAGGUGCUGUCCAACCCGUUCGACGACAUCGUGCCGCGCGACCUCUACGCCCUCGGCAUCAAGCGCAAGCCCGGCGAGGAGGACCAAUCGGCCAAGCCCGCCGUCGACCGGCCCCAGAUCCGCAAGAAGAGGAACGUGGCGCUGCUGUCGUUCGGCGAGGAGGAGGGCGCGCAGGAGCCGGCGCCGCAGUUCAAGCCCCGAAUGAAGAGCAGCCACGUGGCCGACGAGCCCGGCUCCGCUGCCGAUGCGGAGGCCGGACCCAACCGCGGCACCAAGGCUGCCGGUGGAGCCAAAUCGGACACCGACGACGACGAAGAGGAAACGAAGCGAAGCGCGAAGGAUCGCCGACCUUCGGAGAGAAAGCGACGAAGAACGGAGGGACGCAGCGACGAAGAGGCCGGAGAAGAAGACCAGGAAGAGACCACGGUGGUCAAGAAGAGGGACGAGAGUGCCAAGAGGAAGAGGAGAAGCGACGACGGGGACGCAGAGAACGACGAUUCAAAGAAGCCGGCGACAUCGUCGGCCUACGAUGAGGUGAUGGGUCGGCGGGAGCGCGAGAAGGAGGAGCGGAAGAAAGAGUUCAACGAGCUCAAGAAGUCGCUCCUCUCCUUCAAGAAGCAGUCCGACAAGCCCGCGGGCGAGGACGACGACAAGAAGAAGAAGGGCGAGUCCACCCUCGAUCCGCUCGAGCAGAUGCGCCUCAAGUACAAGGACAAGGCCAAGAAGCGCACGGGCGACCGACAGAAGCAGACGUUGGAGGCGCUGAAGAAGUUCCAGUCGUCCCUCAAGCAACCCGACAAAGAGUGGAAGCAGCACGUUCUCAAGUUCGAGAAGAUCGGCGGACAGAUGGAGAAGGAGGAGGAGCUCUACUCGGUGUUUGACCCGCUGGCGGGCAAGGACCAACGCUCCAAGCCCUCGUGGCACAAGCAGCGACUCCAGCGCAAGGACGCCAACCCGGAGAAGUGGUAA